GCCGGUGCAUGCUGGGAUACAAAAUGAACCACAAUGGCGGUUCAUCGAGAAGUGUUUCAUGUUAUCACAGUAAUAUGCUUACUUUUAUCACUUCUGCUACAAACCUGUAGGACUUAUGCCGAAGAACUGAAGUGGGAUGUCAAUGGCUACGUUUUGUACUGCCCGUGCAUGGGUCGCUUUGGGAACCAGGCGGACCACUUUCUGGGGUCUCUGGCCUUUGCAAAGAUGUUAAACCGAACCCUGGCAGUCCCUCCCUGGAUAGUGUACCGGCACCACAUACCCCCUUACACCAACGUCCAUGUUCCCUACAAUGAGUUCUUCCAGUUAAAGGCAUUGACUGCCUACCAUCGUGUGGUCAGCUUAGAGAAUUUCAUGGAGAAAUUGGCUCCCAAAUACUGGCCCACAGGACAGAGGAACGCCUACUGCUAUGAGACUGCUGCACAGCGGAGUGCAGACAAGAAAUCCUGCCCUAUGAAGGAUGGGAACCCAUUUGGUCCAUUCUGGGAGUAUGUUGGUGUGGAAUUUGACCAGUCUAUCUUGUUUGGUGGAAUUUCUUUUGGUGCCUACCACCAGUCUCAGUGGAUGAAGAAGUUUCCUGCCUCUGAGCACCCUGUCCUGGCCCUGCCUGGGGCUCCUGCCCAAUUCCCAGUCAUAGAAGAGCAUGUGGGCCUGCAGCGCUAUGUGGUGUGGUCAGACAAGAUGGUUAAGGAGGGAGAAGAGCACAUCGCUACCUUGCUGACCAGACCAUAUGUUGGCAUUCACCUGAGAAUUGGCAUUGACUGGCAAAAUGCAUGCAAAAUGCUCAAGAGUGGCGAUGCAGGGCCUCACUUCAUGGCCUCUCCUCAGUGUGUCGGCUACAACCGCCAGACGGCCCUGCCUCUCACUAUGACUAUGUGCCUUCCAGACCUGGAAGAGAUUCUCAGGGCUGUCAAGCUAUGGGUGAAGAACACAGCUGCCCGUUGUGUCUACAUCGCCACAGACUCUGAAUCCCACAGCAGCGAUAUUGAAAAGCUCUUCAAGGGAAAGGUGAAAGUUGUGAGUCUCCAGCCAGACUCGGCCCAAACCGACCUGUACAUCCUAGGCCGAGCUGACCACUUCAUCGGUAACUGCGUCUCAUCCUUCUCCGCCUUUGUGAAGAGACAGCGGGAUGCUCACGGCCUUCCAUCCUCCUUUUUUGGCAUGGACAAGCCUGGGAAAUUAAAUGAGAAAGAAGAACUCUAAGGACAGGUCAUGUGAUCACACUUGGGACACUAAUGCUGUGUGACUGUCAUGAGGAACAGAGAGAGCAUGUGGAAGGCAAAUCAUUUUUACAUGAUGCAAUUGCUAAUAAUUUCUGAAGUAAGAUUAGGAGUUAACGCACAGACAGGUCCAAUAUUACAAUGGAUUAUAAUCUGUGAAAACUGACGAAGGGCUUAGAAGAUAGGAUGUAGUAGGUAGGUAGUGUGAUAUGUGUAAUAUUUGUAAAGUAUUAUGACAUGGACCCUGCUGCUACCAAGAAAUACUGUUUUAGUCUGCCCCCUGCUUGAAGAUCAUGCAUUUGUAUGUUCCCUCCCAGCAUUUGGCUUCUACCUUCUUUUGUUCACUAUACUAAAACCAGUUUUCCUUUCCAUCAGGGAAACACAUGACUUCCCUAACAUUUCCUUUAGCUACAGCCUUAUUCUGUAGCUACAACCAUGUUUUGCAAUCCAGAUAUGUUAGCAGGACCUCUGGUGACCUCAGUGAACCGUGGAAAAGACUAAGUGCCGUAUCAACAGUCAUGUUCUUCCUCUCUUUUUUGCCACCUUUUCAUCUCUUUACAGCUUUCCUUUCCUCUCUGCCCCCAUUCCAAGGAGAGCACAGAAAGUGGUCUUCCUGUGCAUACUAAAUAUAGAGAAGGAAAAUGAGACAAUCUUUCCACUUCUCAAUUUACCAGGACCAAAAACUCAUGAAAUAUGUGGAACCCUGGUGUGAGUGUUGUGUGGACAGUAUUGCUGUUGAAUGUGAACCAAUGUUUUAGGGGAACAAAGAGCUGAUUACAUGCAGGUGGGAGUAUGGUGCAAGUUGACUGUGUUAUCUGUGUGAAUGCAAUGAGUCUUAUGUCAGAUGUUUUCUAUGAUGUUUUUCACAAAUAAAGAUACCCACACUAAUUUUCAGACAGCCUGUCUA